AAACAUACUUGACAGAAUUGUCUGUUCAGAUUAAUUUCUCUCUAGAGCUUCUAACACUUGGUGGAAUGGCAGAUCCUAAUAGUACAUUACCAUUAACUACUCAAGUUGUUACUUUAGCAUUUGUUAUGUCUAUACUAGCUUUUGCUAUAAUGCUAGGAAAUGCUGUUGUUAUUUUAGCUUUUGUGGUGGACAAAAACCUUAGACAUCGAAGUAGUUAUUUUUUUCUUAACUUGGCCAUUUCUGACUUCUUUGUGGGUAUGAUUUCUAUUCCUUUGUUCAUCCCUCACACACUGUUCAACUGGGAUUUUGGAAGUAUCUGCAUAUUUUGGCUUAUAAUUGACUAUCUUUUGUGUACGGCAUCUGUGUAUAAUAUUGUUCUCAUCAGCUAUGAUCGAUACCAGUCAGUCUUAAAUGCUGUAUCGUAUAGGAUUCAACACACUGGGAUCUUGAAGAUUGUGGCUCAGAUGGUGGCUGUUUGGGUGUUGGCUUUCUUAGUGAAUGGGCCAAUGAUACUAGUUUCAGAGUCUUGGAAGGAGAAAAAUAGCACUAAUAAGGAAUGUGAACCUGGAUUUGUUUCAGAAUGGCACGUCAUUAUCAUCACAUCAUUCUUGGAGUUCCUGGUCCCGGUCAUCUUAGUGGCUUUUUUUAAUAUACAGAUUUACUGGAGCCUAUGGAAACGUGGGAAUCUUACUAGGUGCCCCAGCCAUCCUGGAUUCAUCUCUGCCUCUUCCAGUGACUCUGGACCCUCUUCCAGGUAUAAACUAGGUUCAAGGACAUCUCUUCCUGACCGGAAGGAAGAAGCUGCAUCCCUUCAUUCAGAAAGACGGGGAAAAAAGAACAGUCUCCUGGUUUCCUUCAGAAGGCAUACAAAUAUCAGUUUCAUUGCUUCCAAAAUGGGCUCCCUCUCCCAGUUUGAUUCCAUAGCUCUUCACCAAAGGGGCCAUUUUGAACUGCUCAGAGCCAGGAAAUUAGCCAAGUCACUAGCCAUUCUUUUAAGUGUUUUUGCUAUUUGCUGGGCUCCAUAUUCUCUGUCCACAGUUGUACGUUCCUUUUCCCUCCAAGGGGACCAACCCAAAUCUGAAUGGUUCAAAUUUGCAUUUUGGCUGCAGUGGUUCAAUUCCUUCAUCAAUCCUUUUUUGUACCCCUUGUGUCACAAGCGAUUUCAGAAGGCAUUCUUGAAAAUUUUUUGUGGUAAGAAGCAACCUGUACUACCACAUAAUCGGUCAACAUCCUCUUGA